GUCUCCCCGCCAUUAAAGGCUCUACCUGGCUGUGUCGCCUGUUGUGUUGAGUUGUGACCUGCACCGACCGCGGGAGUCAUAGGAGGGACGCCAGGGGACCCAGGAAACCUAGAAAUGCAGCCCCUGUCACCCUGUGACCUGCACUGGCCGUGGGGGUCGUAGGAAGGACUCAGGGGACCCAGGAGCCCUAGAAAUGGACUCAGUAGCCAUUGAGGAUGUGGCUGUGAGCUUCACCCCAGAGGAGUGGGCUUUACUGGAUUCUUCACAGAAGAAACUCUACAGAGAAGUGAUGUGGGAAACCUUCAAGAACCUUGAAUCAAUAGUCUGCAUUUCAGGACGAACAAGGGAAAUUCUUCGUAUUGAAGAUCAGUACAAAAACCAGGAGAGAAAGCUAAGAAAUCACAUGGUAGAGAGAGACUGUGAAAGUCAAGAGGGCGGUGAAUGUGGAGAAAACUUCAGCCGUAUUCCAAAUCUCAAUCUGAACAAGAAAACUACUGCAGCAAAACCAUGCAAAUGCAGUGCAUGUGGAAAAGUCUUCGGGCAUCAUUCAUCCCUUAGUAGGCAUGUUAGAUGUCACACUGAACACACACAUGACUAUCAAAAAUAUGGAGAGAAGCCAUAUAAAUGUAAGGAAUGUGGGAAAGCCUUCACUUUUCCCAGUGUUCUUCAAAGACAUGAAAGAACUCAUACUGGAGAGAAACCUUAUGAAUGUAAAAAAUGCAGUAAAGCCUUCAGUAGAUUCAGUUCUCUUCAAAGACAUGAAGGAACUCAUACUGGAGAGAAACACUAUGAAUGUAAAAAAUGCAGUAAAGCCUUCAGGUCUUCCAGUUAUCUUCAAAUACAUGAAAGAAUUCAUACUGGAGAGAAACCCUACGUAUGUAAAGAAUGUGGGAAAGCCUUUACAUCUCUUUCAAGUCUUCAGUCACACAUGAUCUUUCACACUGGAGAUGGACCUUAUAAAUGUAAGGAAUGUGAGAAAGUAUUCAUUUCUCCCAGUGCGUUGCAAAAACAUGAAAAGAGGCACACUGGAGAGAAACCCUAUGAAUGUAAAGAAUGUAGGAAAGCCUUCAGUUCUGUUAAAGGUUUCCAAAUACAUGAAAGAAAUCAUACUGGAGAGAAACCAUAUGAAUGUAAAAAAUGUAGUAAAGCAUUUAGUUGUCUUAGUACUCUUCAAACACAUGAGAGACACCACACUGGAGAGAAACCCUUUGAAUGUAAGGAAUGUGGGAAAGCCUUUAUUGCUCUCACAAACCUUCGAUUACACAUGGUCACUCACACUGGAGAUGGACCUUAUAAAUGCAAGAAAUGUGACAAAGUAUUCAUUUAUCCCAGUUCAUUCCGAAUACAUGAAAGAAGUCACACUGGAGAGAAACCCUAUGAAUGUAAAGAAUGUGGGAAAGCCUUCAGUUUGUACACUAACUUAAAAAUACACCAAAGAACUCACACAGAGAGAACAUCCCAUGUAUGUAAGGAAUGUAGUAAGGCUUUUAUUUCUCUUCAAGCUCUCCAAAUACAUGAAAGAAAUCACACUGGGGAGAAACCCUAUGAAUGUAAACAAUGCAGUAAGGCGUUCAGUAGACUCAGUUCUCUUCGAAGACAUGAAGGAACUCAUCCUGGAGACAAACCCUAUGAAUGUAAAAAAUGCAGUAAAGCCUUCACUUCCUCCAGGUCUCUUCAAAUACAUGAAAGAAUUCAUACUGGAGAGAAACCCUAUAAAUGUAAGGAAUGUGGGAGAAUCUUUACUGCUCCCUCAAGUCUUCGAUCACACAUGAUCUUUCACACUGGAGAUGGACCUUAUAAUUGUAAGGAAUGUGAGAAAGCAUUCAUUUCUCCCAGAUCAUUUCAAAGACAUGAAAGAACUCACUCUGGAGAGAAACCCUAUAAAUGUAAAAAAUGCAAUAAAGCAUUCACUUCUUCCAGUUCUCUUCAACUACAUGAAAGAACUCAUACUGGAGAGAAACCCUGUGAAUGUCAGGAAAAUCUGAAAGCCUUUAUUUCUCAUGAAAACUUUUGAGGAUAUGCAAGAAUGACACUAGAGGGAAAACCAUAUAAAUGUAAAGAAUGUAGGAAAGCCUUUUGUCAUCUGAGUUCUUUCUGAGGGAUGGAAGGAUUCACUUGACAAAAACCUCUUGAAUGUAGAUACCAUGGGAAAGAUUUCAGUUGGCCGACAUCCUUCUAUGUGAAAUCCCUAACAAAAAGAAAUAUAAAUGUAAGUCAUGUGAGAAAGCUUGAUGGAAAUUAAUUUGUAUAAUAUUCUAGAAAACUUUCAACAUGAAAGAGUUGUUAUAAAAGUUGUAAAUAUAUUGUGCUUAGCAAGCCUCUUAAACUGCAACAAUGGAUUCUAGAUUUCUAUUAAUUACUUUCAGAAAUGAAUAUUGAGGUGAGAUAAUUUUGCAAGUCAUCUUUCAUCUUAGAGUACUUUUUCCUUAAAUCAGUUAAUAAUAUUUUCUCUUUAAUUUUUUUAAUAAUGUUUUAAUUGUUCUGUGUUAAGGGACCAUUGAAAAAUGAUAGUUUUUGUUUGUUGGAAUUUUCUUACUGGCUUUGCAUUGCCAUCCUGGAAAUGCCUAAUCCAUUGUAUAUAUUGUUCCUUUCUUAGAGAAAGGUCCUAUUUUGGGGUGGUGGGUAUAGCUGCCUUCUUUUGUUUUCUGUACUGUUCAACAGUUGGAAUAAAUUUUUAUG